AUGCCUGCCAUCACAAGAUCCAAGUCUCCUUCCAAGAAGGCACCGGCCGAUCCAAACCAAGCCUCCUCCGCCGCAAACACCUACACGAAUGUCGCACCGGUCGCAAACAUGCUAGCACCUAGAAAGGAAGCUCUAGCUGGUGCUAAAAAUGCACUUUCCGAUGCCAUGGUUCCAGCCUUGGCGCCGCUAUCUCCUUCCAAGAGAAAGAGAAGCGCAAAGACUAUCAGUGGUGACGAAGGCGUUGGCGCGCAAACUUCUGAGCCUAUGAAGCGAACACGGGUCGAGAGGAGUGAUGCCCCUCGUUCCCGCCCAACAAGUGGUCAACCUGAUUUGGCUACAACAACUUAUCCUCAAGUGGAGAGGGUCAUCCUUGGUCUUGAAGACACACCAGUAUUUGGCACUGCUGGUGGUGCUCCCAAGGAGAGUCUUGAUGCUGCUGCUGCAUCAACUCCCACACCCUCUCCAAAGGCCGUCAAAACCACGGCCGCCGCUCCAGUUUUGGACGGCGAAGAAAAUGGUGCCACGGCAAAGGCUCCAAUUUCUGCGGUCACUGUUACAGCUGGCCAAGCCGAUGAUGAGACUGUCGUCGAGCAACCUUCACCUCACCCCGCUGCCGAUUCUGCAGACCCUUUGACUGCCAACGAGGCAGAAGCCCAUCUUCCUGCUGCACCUCAGGGUUGCUCUUCGAGCGAUCUCGAGGUUGCUAAGGAGGAACUUGGUGCUCCAAAGAUCAGCAUUACCAAUAAGUGCAAGUGCGAUGAGCUUGCUGCCAAGGUUCAAAAGAUGGCUCGGCUGGAAGCUGAACUACGUGAAAGUCGAGAUAUGUACCAGAGGGAGCUCGAAGCUGCAGUAGAAGAGAGAGAUGCUAUUGAGAUCAAGGAAGAGGAAGCUCGGAAGGAGUACAACAGAAUCAGAGAGAACUUGAAAAACCACUUAGAGUUAACUCAUCAGCUCCGCAGUGACAGAGGCCGACUUUCUAAAUUGAAUGACGACCUAAAGAGAGAGAACGACCGACUCGCCCAGAAAAACAGGGAGCUCAAAGACACCCUUGACAAGUAUUGUAACGCCGUCGAUGUUCUCAAUGCACAAGUUCCUCUGUUCACCUCAGAUCAAGAAAAAUUCGAGAAAACCAGGGAACUUCUUAGGGUCGAAGCGGCGAAGACCGCGGAAUAUGAGGGUCAGUUUCAGGAGGCAGCUAAUUUUUUCGCUGCGGAUGAGGUAGUUGAGAGCAUCGAACCAGUCGAUCCAGCUCAAGGAAGUACGUCUCACGAAAAUCAUAAUCAUGAGGAACAUACUCAGGAAGAUCGCUCCCGUCGUUAUCGCACACCGACUCCUGACAACAAUCGUGACAACUUUGAUGAGGUCUACGCCGAUGAUGACGAUGACGCUAAUAAUAUUCCUCCCCCAGCAGCUCCACCUGCUGGAGCUGCUGGCACUCAACAGUCUCAGCGAGCUUCUAGUUUCGCCGGGUUUCAGGAAUCAUCUAGGUGGGAGUGUCGUCAUGAUCGUGGUUAUAACGGAAAUACCUGUCGCCACUGUGGUGCCCACGUUCUCGCCGAGGAACAUCCCGAGUUUGAUCGUGAUAGAUCCGUUGCUCUUGCAGAUGAGCUACCACCUAGUCCCAGUGAUGAAGAAGAGCGCGAUAGUGAUAGCGCUUCUUAUGAACCAGCAGAAGCUGUCAUCAAUACCCAAGAUGAAUCACAACAGGUCGGUUCGCCAGUCCUCUCUGGCAAUGAGGAUUAUGAAGAGAACGACCAGGAGGAUGAAUCUCAGCAUGAAGGUCCCUCGGACUUUUCCGAUGAUGAGUAUUAUGACAAUGAAAACCCACAGGAUCAUCAGGAACCUCCUCAUCCUGCUGCGGCAGUUGAAAAGACCACUGUCCCUCAUCCUGCUGCAGAAGUUGAAAAGACUACUUCUGCCCCUUCUGAACCCCACUCCUCUUCCUCUCCUUCUCCCUCAUCUUCCAAGAAGAGAAAGGAAAGUCCUGUCAGCGCAUCGAGCCCUGCCAAAAAGGUCAAGUCAACAAAAACUGAAUUGGCUGGUCCUAGCAGUACUGCUGCGCCUCAUUUUCCCAUUGAAUUCAAGCCUGCACAUCCAGGCUGGGGAUCCCCGAGUGUUCUUUCACCACAGAUUGGUAUCACUGCUCCAGCACCUUCAACUUCAUCUUCAGCAAGUGAGCGCACUACAGCAGCACCCUUAUUACCGACUGUCAUCACUCGCUCUGGAGCUGCAGUUCAAUUUGGAGCUGCGACAAUCUUUGGUGCCAUAUGCACCGCUAGAUCUUCUGUUCGCUUUGAGUCUACACAUUCAUUCGGAAUUCCAGCCUUAUCGGCAGCAAACCCUUCUGUCGGUGCUUCCCCUAAGGAGGAGAAUACUGAAGAAGACAAGCCAGCUGAUCAAAAGAAAUAA